UUAAAGCUCCCAGUCAGGGAGGUCUAAAAGCACUCUUGAUCUAACUCAUACACUGUGACUCUUUUGCAGGUACUAACCAAUUUAUGAUGAAUCAAAGCAGACUACUUGUGGAAAAUCAUGAAUACCAGCUUUAUGAUCAUAUUUCUUACAUUUUCUUUCCUUCUUCUUGAAAGCAGCUUUGCUGUUUAGGGGUCAGUGCUUCUUCUGAAAACCUACUGGAUGGAUUUCCAGAGCUGGUUUGCCUUCCCCGUUGGGAUACUGCUAUGUUGUACUCUUCAGGCAUCUGCCAUUCAAAUUCCUGCUUCUGAAAACUGCACCAGCAGUGGUCAAAGAAUAUCCUUCAGCCACUCCUACAAGAUUGACUUGCCCACAUCCUCCCAGAUCAAGGUGGAGGCAGAUCCAUUGCAGCACGAAGGAAGCAGUGGGGUGCAACUAGAUCCUGGUGAGGCUGAGGAAAAUGAAGAGCAGGAUAUCAUCUUUAGGCACAACAUCUAUGUGCAUGCACCCAAAGGGAGCUGUGAAACUCUGGCCCAUGUUAAAGAUCUUCUUGAGAGGAUGGAGAAGCUAGAGAAAGAAGUUGCAGAGCUGAGAGAAGCCUGCAGCCCUCAGAAGUGCUGUGGGGGAAGCCAGGGCGUCACGCAUUGCAGCGGUCACGGGAUGUUCCUCUAUGAGACCUGCAGCUGUAAGUGUGCAGAGGGCUGGGAGGGCAGUGAUUGCUCCCGCCCCACCUGCCCCAACCUCUGCAGUGGCCACGGGCGCUGUGAUGGAGGGAGGUGCAUCUGUGAUGAGCCUUAUUUCAGUGAGGACUGCAGCCAGCAGCUCUGUCCUGAGAACUGCAGCGGCAAUGGGAUCUGUGACACGGCUAAAGGGGUCUGCAUGUGCUAUGAGGAGUUCAUUGGAGAGGACUGCAGUGAGAAACGAUGUCCCGGGGACUGCAGUGGCAAUGGGUUCUGUGACACAGGAGAGUGCUACUGCCAUGAGGGGUUCUUUGGCCUUGACUGCUCCCAGGUGCUUGCUCCUCAGGACUUGCAGCUGUUGAAUGCUACAGAGGAUUCCAUGGCUGUCAGCUGGGAUCAAACGAUUGAUGUGGAUAAUUACCUCAUCAGCUAUUACCCAGUGGGGCAUGAGACACUGGAGAAACAAGUCAGUGUGCCCAAAGAGCAGCUCAGCUAUGAGAUUACGGGUCUCCAUCCUAGCACCACAUACAAUGUCACACUUCGUCAUGUGAAGAAGGGAAUUGUCAGUGAGCCCGUGCAUCUAGAAGCAAGUACAGUCCCAUCUGCACUCAAUGCCGUCUGGGUGACGGAGGAGAUGGAAUAUUCCCUGGAAGUAGAGUGGGAGAACCCACCAACAGAUGUGGAUUAUUACAAGCUGAAAUUCAGAUCCCUGGUGGACAUGGAUGAGAAGCAGGUCGUGGUACCAAAAAGCAGUGACCCCAAGAGCAGACACAUCAUGACUGGCCUAAAACCUGGCAUGGAGUAUGAGGUUACUGUCAUACCUGUGAAAGAUGAUACAGAGGGUAAACCAAUCUCAGUGAGUGGCAGGACAGGAAUUGAUAGCCCAACCAAUGUGGUGACAGAUCGGGUGACAGAGGACUCAGCCACUGUCUUAUGGAAUAAAGUUCAGGCUCCCAUAGACAGGUACAUGGUGAGAUACACCUCAGCUGAUGGAGACACCAAGGAAAUAGAGCUAGGCAGUGAAAACAGCAUCAUCACCUUAUUGCAUCUGAAGCCAGGCAUGGAAUAUACCAUCCAUAUCUGGGCAGAGAAGGGACCCCACAGAAGCAAGAAAGCCAACACCAGAGCUCUGACAGAGAUGGACAGCCCAACUAAACUGUUGACUGACCAAGUGACAGAGAAUGCAAUCACAGUUUCCUGGAACAAAGUCCGGGCUUUAAUAGACAGAUACAGAGUAAAUUACACCUCGGCUGAUGGGGAUACAGAGGAGAGAGAAGUGGAGAAAGACAAGAAUUUCACCACCGUGGCAGGACUGAAGCCAGGCAUGGAGUAUGUUAUUCAUGUCUGGGCAGAAAAGGGAGAACAACAGAGCAAGAAGGCCAGCACUGAGGCUGUGACAGAAAUUGACAGCCCCACUCACCUGGUAACUGAUCAAGUGACAGAGGACACAGUCACCAUCUCCUGGGACAGGGUUCUGGCUCUCAUAGAUAGGUACGUGGUGAACUACACCUCUGCUGAUGGUGAGACUGAAGAGAUAGAAGUGGGGAAGAACAACACUGCCACAACUCUGGUAGGACUGAAACCUGGCACUGAAUAUGUCAUCUACCUCUGGGCAGAGAAAGGAGUGCAGCAGAGCAAGAGGACCAGCACUGAGGCAGUGACAGAAUUGGACAGCCCAAAGAAUCUGGUAACUGACCAAGUGACAGAAGACUCAGCCACAAUCUCCUGGGAUAGCGUCCGAGCUCCCAUAGAUAGGUAUAUUGUGAGCUACACUUCUGCUGAUGGGGGCACCGAGGAAAUAGAAGUGGGGAAGGCCAAGAACAUUACAACUCUGACAGGACUGAAAGCAGGCAUGAAGUACACCAUUCAUCUCUGGGCAGAGCUGGGAAGCAUGCAGAGCAAGAGGGCAAGCACUGAUGCGCUGACAGAGAUUGAUCCUCCCAAGAACCUCCGUGUAUCAAAUGUGGCUCAGUCUACUGGUGUAGUUACUUGGGCUCCUCCUGCAGCACAGAUUGAUGGCUACAUUCUCACCUACCAGGGUCAAAAUGGCACUAGCAAGGAGGUGCAGCUGGGUCCUGGAGAACAACAGUUUGUGCUGGAAGGACUGGAACAAGGAACAAAGUACACUGUGUUUGUGAUGGCCUAUAAGGGAGAUCGCCAGAGCAGAAAGACAGUUGGUACCUUCUCAACAGUUAGCUUCCUCUACCCGUACCCUGCGGACUGUGCCCAGAUGCAGCAGAAUGGAAACAUCUCCAGCGGCAUGUACACCAUUUAUCUCAAUGGCAAUGGCAGCAGGCCCAUGCAGGUGUACUGUGACAUGACCACUGAUGGAGGCGGGUGGAUAGUGUUUCAGAGGCGGAGCACUGGUGAACUGGAUUUCUACAAACGCUGGAAAAAUUAUGUGGAAGGCUUUGGAGAUCCCACUGGGGAAUUUUGGCUUGGUCUUGACCAGCUGCACAAUCUCACAAGCAGCAGCCCCAUCCACUAUGAGCUGCGGGUGGAUCUGCGGACAGCCAAUGAGUCUGCCUAUGCUGUCUAUGACUUCUUCCAGGUUGCCUCGAGCAGAGAGAGAUACAGGCUGUCCGUGGGGAAUUACAGAGGCAAUGCUGGAGAUGCAAUGACUUACCACAAUGGCUGGAAGUUCACAACGUGGGACAGAGACAACGAUGUGGCUCUCAGCAACUGUGCUCUGACACACCAUGGUGCGUGGUGGUACAAGAACUGCCACUUGGCCAACCUCAAUGGGAAAUAUGGGGAGAGCAAGCACAGUGAGGGGGUGAACUGGGAGCCAUGGAAGGGCCAUGAGUUCUCCAUCCCUUUUACUGAGAUGAAGAUUCGUCCUCAGUCUUCUAGUAAUGAGUCAGUCUUGGCAAGGAAGAAGAGAUCUCUACCAGGAAAAAGGAGGAAGAUCAGAUUUUAAAUUGUCCUCUGUGUGUGACCCAAAGAUUACAAUUUGGUAUUUUCUAACAAAGUUAGGUUUGGAUGACUUUCUCCAAUACUCUGGAAGCAGCUGCUGACCAGCUUGGACCCAGAAGUCUCUGAAUCUGCAGCCCAGCCUGUUUCCAGCCUUUGGAGCUCCUGAUGGGUGCUCUGUCAGAGACUAGGAGGAGACUUGUGGGCAGCAUGCCACCUGUAGCUUUCCUGGUUAAACGUGACAAGGACCUGCUUGAUCCAAUGUAUGCAACUUUUAUGAACUGUUCAUAAAACAAGCUUUAACACAUGUUAUUAUUUCUCAAAACCCAGCUUGCUGACUCCUGAUUUCUGUCUUUCUCUAAUGCCAUGCAGUUCAGACUUCAAAUAAUUCAUUUUGAUCCCACUGAAAAAUGAAAUCUUUCUAAUUUACAUUCGAGAGUUUUUCUGAGACUGUUUCCUCCCACAUCUCUUGGUCAGUGGACCUCUUUUCCUUUCCCUUCAUCAUUUGGGGUGCAGCAUUUCUUACUUUUUCUCCAGUCAAAGCACUGAGAUUUGGGAAAUGUUGUCAAGCUGCUGACAACAGGCCUCAUUAACACAGGCUAAGACUGUAGGCUGGGUUCCUCAACGUCCUAUAUAACAUUUUUCCAGGGUAAUAUCCUGAUAUAUAUUUAGCUUGUCUCUUCUUAUUUCCCAGUCAAAGAAAAGCCUGAGGAGACAUGCAGUAAAGGAAUGUUCGCACUCCCAGGUGAUGCCCCGAAGAAGGUAAAUGGAAGAGCUACACUCCUCCAAGUGUGUCUCACAAUCACAAACCUCUGUAUAAUCUUUGCUCGAUACAGCCUGUGAAGAAAAUUCUCCAUGUGACCAUCCCAUCUGCCACCCUCUGCUUUUUCAUUAACAGUGUAGAUAGAUAGCGAUGUUGAAAAGAUAAUGUUUGUCAUCCAACCCUAAAAUUAGCAUCACAGAACUAAAUGGAUCUGCACAGUCUCCCUCAGGCUUUUCUUUCAGGGUGGCUGGAGAUUCAGGUAGGCUCCAGUGGCUGGUUUCACAUUUAGCUGUUGUCUUUAUGGUCUGAGGAAAAAAAAAAAAAAAAGCCUUACUUUCUCACCCUGAGCAGAUAUUUAAAUUCUGGACAACCAGCUACAUGCAGGGGAGAAGUAGGAACUCACCAAAUGAUGCUUACUUAAAGGCUUGCUUGUCUGAGCAGAUUGGAACAUGAUUGUCUUAUGUUUUAAUGGCCUUUUCUAUCCCAGUGCUAAGCUGACUAAUACAUUUCAAAGAGUCCUCAGACUCUGAAGAAGCAAUAAUAUUGCAGAUAAAGGAGGUCUUAAAAUAUUUCUGUCUUUCUUGCUUUGAGUGUCAGAAUUAUUAUUCUUCCUCAGUUUGAACUAAGCUUUAUUUACAGAGGUGGAGCAAUACUCAGGCCUGUAGCAUUGAAGAGCAAUGUGGAAAAACUAGCGCUGUGAAAAUUAGUUGUCUGGAAUUUCCAAAAUGGGGAUGGGGUCUGUGUGAUCUCUUCAUUACUUGAUACUGCAAAGAAAGUAACUGAUCUUUGGCUGCUAGGACUUUGCUGAGGUGAGCUAGCCAGGGAGUUGUCUCUUACAAGUGAGGUCUAAAUUCUUUGUUGUACUUUCAUUUCCAUGCUACUUGCAUAAGUGGGCAGGCAGAGUCUCAGCAGAGCUGCGUUAGGAUAUCCAUACCCCUUGGCAUGAGGGAAGGAGGAGAGGAAAGUUGCACUUGAAGUUGCAACUCUGUCUUAAGAGCUUGAGGGAAAGAAAUGGGAAAGGGAGGGGAAGAGUACUGUGCUGAAGUGAUUCCUCUGCACUGCUCAGAUGAGGGCAGGUUUCACUUUGUUGGUCAGCUAGAGAGCAGGUGACUAAAGGGCACCCGAGGAUUAAAUGUUUUACACUGAGCCUUUAAAAGCAAGCCUAUGCUCUAAUAGGCAACAGAUGUGAUCUCUCCCAGCGGCACUGUCGUGUGCACACUGCAGAGGCAAAGCUCAAUUGUGUCCCAAACCUGAGUCUUACCUGGGAGCAGAGACUAUUCUCUAACACUGUGUAUUUUAGAAUGAAAAGGAAGCGAGGCACCUUACUAGCAGCUUCUGAAUUGGCACUUAUUUCUCUGAAGUACAGGCCUGUCUCCUUCACUAGGAAGGGUAGUCAGGGACCACUGCUUACAUGGGAAGCCAGUAUUUCCAGACAGCCACAGGAUGGCAUCCUCUCUUCGUGCUGCUUUAGGAGAAACCAGUCCUGUAUCCAGCUGGCCUCCACGGAAAGAUGUUUUGAGGGCUAAUCAGACUGUAUCACA